AUGACAAAAGCUCCAAAAAAUGCCACCUACACAUCACUUCAUAUUCAAAAAGAAAUUCUAUAUGUUAUUUCAACCAAAGUGAAGAAGGCAAUUAGGGAAGAAAUUGGUGAUGCAAAGUUUUGCAUAUUGGUUGAUGAAGCUCGUGAUGAGUCCAUGAAAGAGCAAAUAGCUGUGGUUUUAAGAUAUAUUGAUACAAAUGGCUUUGUGCGAGAACGAUUUUUUGGGAUUGUUCAUGUUGUUGACACUGCAGCAGUAACCCUUAAAAAGGAGAUAUAUUAUUUGUUCUCUAAUUAUUGCUUAGAUAUCCAAAACAUUCGGGGGCAAGGAUAUGAUGGUGCAAGCAACAUGCAGGGAGCAUCAAAAGCAGUUGUCCCUCUAAAUAGAUUUUUCACUAAAUUGAUUUUGGUUAUCAAUAAUAUUCGUGCUUCAUGCAAACGUAUUGAGCAAUUAAAAAUUGCUAGAGCUUCUGACAUUGCAUAUUUGAUUGAUAUUGAAGAGCUUGAGAUUGAGAAAGGGCUUAAUCAAAUGGUCACUUUACAGCAACUUGGAGAUAUUCGUUGGGGUUCGCAUUAUAAAUCAGUUUCUAACUUGAUAAAGUUGUUUAGUCCAACAUGUGAAGUUUUACUGAAAAUUAUGGAUGAAGGAAAUUCUUCACAAAAAGCAGAAGCAGAGUUCGCUUAUGAGGAACGUGGUUUAGAUGUCCCUGAUAUGAAUGCUCGUUAUGUUGCAAGAUUUGAUAGUUUUUAUCCAAUAGACUUCACAGAUGAUGAAAAGAAUUAUUUGAAAAAGGAACUUGAUCUUUAUAAGUAUGAUGUAGUUCAGCAUUCAGGGUUCAAGAAUUUGAAAAAUAUUUCUGAAUUGUGCCAAUGGAUGGUGAGAACUAGAAAAUCAGAAUACUAUCUGCUUAUUUAUAGGGUGGUCAAGCUUGUACUUACUCUUUCCGUUUCUACUGUAACUACAGAGCGAGCAUUUUCAACUAUGAAUGUCAUCAAAACUGACCUUUGCAACAAAAUGGAAGAUGAGUUUUUGUUAGACGCUAUGAUGUUAUUCAUUGAAAGGGACAUUGCUGCGAUAAUUAGUACGGAUUCAAUCAUAGAUGAUUUCAAAGAUUUAAAAAGACGGCGAGUUCCAUUUUCAUAA